CACAAUCUUGUCCAAAUUUAAAAUACAUAAGUCUCGCUUCUUUGUAUAGAGAUAGUAACAUUUCCAGUGUAUCUGUGAUUGAAAUGGCACAAUCUUGUUCCAAUCUAGUAUAUUUAAAUCUUAAUAAACAACCUUCUAUUAAUGAUGAAUCAAUUUGUGCAAUUGCACGCUCAUGUGUAAAUCUUCAACAUCUGGGUUUGUCGUUCAAUGAAAUAAUUACAGAUGAAGCUAUAUGCACGAUUGCAACUGGUUGUUCAGAUAUGCAAAAUUAUUUUCUUGAAGGCUGUGAACAAAUUACCAACAAAUCAAUCAAAAAAAUUGCAGAUUUAAAUAAAAAUAUACAAAAUAUUAGUCUUAUUUCAUGUUAUAAAAUUAUGGAUGAUGCU